AUGGUAGACCAGGGCAGUUGUGUAGAGAUCAUGUACCCUGACUUGUACAAGGGGCUAAACUUAAAGCCUGAAGAUCUAACAAUCUAUGAUUCACCUUUGUUAAGUUUUGAGGGGAAAGUUGUUAUCCUAAAAGGCCAAAUUAGGAUACCCGUUCAGGCAGGCUCAGAGGUGGUUGAAGUAGACUUCAUUAUAGUGGACAUAUACUCCCCCUAUAUGGCCAUUGUGACUAGACCAUGGCUCCAUACCCUUGGAGUUAUUUCUUCAACUCUGCAUCAAAAGGUGAAGUAUCCGUCAGGAGAUCGGAUUGAAGAGCUAGUAGGAGAUCAAUCCAUGGCUAGGCGGUACCUUAUGUCUGCAAUUUUAUAUCAGCCAGCAGCUGAGUCAUCGGCCUCUAUUGAAGGAGGCUUAUAG